AGAGGUCUCUUGGGGGCAGGCUGAACCCGAUGUUCAGGAGGUGUCGGUGACGUCACUAGUUUGGUCGGGUGGAGGCGGGUCACGUGGUGUAAACGGAUAGUUUGGCAGAAGGACGCUGGUGCUGAUCGAGGAUGGGGCUUCUCCGCUGUGUCCCCGUGUUGCUCGGUCUGCUGGCCGUAGCCUCCGCCGCCAGUACAGAGUGCUCCUUGAUGUCUAACACAACCUGUGAGGCCUGUUUGAAGAAUGUGUCGUGUUUGUGGUGCAAUACGAACAGCAAAUGUCUGGAUUAUCCGGUGAGGAACAUCCUGCCUCCGUCAUCCCUGUGUAAACUGAGGGACGCCCGCUGGGGGAUAUGCUGGGUUAAUUUUGAGGCUUUGAUUAUCACUCUUUCUGUGGUCGGAGGAGUCCUCAUUUUGUCCGUGAUAAUCUGCUGCUGCUGCUGUUGUAGGAAGAAGAAAAGCAGAAACUCAAGUCUGGAAACUGAAAAAUCCAUGAGAGAGCAGGAGGAGAGACGAGUCCGUCAGGAAGAAAGGAGGGUUCAGAUGAAGUCGCGACAUGAUGACAUAAGAAAGAAGUAUGGUUUGUUUAAAGAAGACAAUCCCUAUUCGAAGUUUGAUAAUUAAGUUCUGAUCUUCGCCUGUAAGGAUUUCACUUCCACAUCUUGCGAAAGCCACAGUUUCUGUAUUGUGUGAACCCACAUCAUCCGCCCCCUUCCCCAGUGACCAUAAGGCUAGGACCAAAUGUGAAAGAACCUUCAUGUCAGAUCAUCCAUCUUCUGCUUCAGCAUUUUAUUUUUUAUGUAAUUGUGGAACAAGUUCCUUGAUUAUUUUUCCUUAUUUUGUCAGGAAUUUUGACUGCGGCAGAAGCCCCUUUAUUUGUUCUGAGAUGUGGGUUUGGGGUUGCCAGGAACAUUACUGAUGUAUAGCAUGUGCUUCAAUGAAUUUCAGCUAUCAUUGUGUUUCAUAUCUAUGUGCAGACCAUGGCUGUCCCUAAGAUUUCCUUUUGUGUUUUUUGUUAUACUUAACACUCCAUUCACUGCAGGGUUAUUUUGUAUAUAACGUCUUUGCACAUUUGUUAUACUACUCCUUUGCAAAAAAAAUUAUUUCAGAAUAUGUAGCCUUUCAUACUAUAAUCUUCUAUAGAACUACAUAACUGAUGCUACUGUCACACUAGCAUUUCUAUUUUCCGGUAUUGAGAUCUGUCAUAGGGUCUCAGUACCGGAAAAAAACGCUUCCGUUUUGUCCCCAUGCAUGGUCAAUUGUGACAAAACGUAACUGAACAGAAUAGAGUGCGCCAACAUGCAUUCUGUUCGUUCUCAUACUGGAGAGCAAACCACAGCAUGCGGCAGUUGUCUUUCUGUCAUGGGCUGUGGAGUAAUACCUGUCUGUUAUGACCUACAAUGCAAGUCAAUGGGGAAGGAUCCAUUUUCUCUGACACAAUAGAAAAUGGAUCUGUCCACCAUUGACUUUCAAUGGAGUUCAUGACUGAUCGGUCUUGGCUAUGAUAAAGAUAAUACAACCGGAUUCGUUCAUAACGGAUGCAGAUGGCUGUAUUAUCAGUAACGGAAGCGUUUUUGCUGAGCCCUGCCAGAUCCAGCAAAAACGCUAGUGUGAAAGUAGCCUAAUUCCUCUAGCUGGGUCCUCUAGAUUAAAUUGUUAGUCAAAGGGGUUACGUGAUCUACUUUCCCUUUCUUAGAGGGAUCUCUGUGUUAAUGGCGUGAGUUUUCUGUUCAGAGCACUCAUGUAUGGGUGAGAGGGGAGCCCUGCUACAUAAAGCACCUCUCACAUUGCAGGACACAACACAUCUGUGUUUGCAUUGUAGUGGGAAUUGUGUAAUGCAUCAUUUAUCCUGCAGGGGCACUGAAUGCUUGAUGCUGAGCUUUCUUAUAGAUCACAGCUGAUUGCUAGAUGGUCCUAGAUGUGGGGCAUCCUUUGGUCAGCUUAUUGCCAGGUAGCCAAGAAUGAGAUUGUCCAGUUAGUGUCGGAAGUAGAACUAAUUGACACUCCAGUCUCAUUGGUGACCACCCACUCUGAUUUAGAUCUUCUGCCAACCGUUGGCACCUUUUUCACAUGAGGAACUAUCUGACCUUCGGCAUCUGUCAAGCUAUCUGUUCUUCUGCUUCUUUGAGAUUUUUGGCCGUUGUCAGGUGCUGCAGUUAAAUAGGGUUUCUAGUUAUAUAAAGUUAGCCCCCAGCCACAGGAUAGGGGUUAAAUAUUAGAGUGGUGGGAGUCUUACUGCUGGCACAACCCACUGAUCAUGAGGGUCUCAUUGGCUGAUUGGGCAUACACAUGGCAGCGCCUUUAAUUUUUUAUGGGAAUUCUGGAGAUAGCCAAGAGCUGUACUCGACUAUCUCUGGAACUGCCAUAGAUGUGAAUGAAGUGGCUGCGUGCACGGCUGACUUCUCUGUUCAUGUUGGGGACUUCAUGAGAUACCAGUCCCGUCCCACUCUCAUGAUCGGUAGGUCCCUGGCUGAUCUAAUAGUUAACCCCCUAUCCAUAGAAUAGGAUAUAACUUGAUUAUCCCUUUAAAGCUGAAUGCCAGAUCAAUGAAAGUCCAGACCAGGCCAAAGAUUAAAGCUGAGAUUGGUUGAAUAGAGGUUUUAACUUAUGGCCUUGUAGUCUUAGGCCUCAUGCACACGAGCGUGUCCUUCCCUCCCAGCCCCCCCCCCCCCCCCCCCCAUGCUGGUAUUGCAGACGGAAAUAUGCCUUGGUUCUGUAGAUAUCUUCAUCUCCGGUUACCUUCUGAGAGCGGUGGAUAUGGGGUGAGUGCAGAAAUUAACACGUGUUCAUAUCUGGCUGCACUGUUUUGUAAUCUAAACUAAUCCCACACAAAUAUCUGUGCCUUAUAUUUUUCUCAUCCCCCUGAGAGCUAUCCUUGGAUUCUGGCCAAAAAUACAGGGCAUUCAAGACCAGGCCUGCAGCCAUGUGUAUAUAUACAUACCCUGGGGCUAAACGUUAGGGCUCCAUUUCAGUUGAGAUGAAUGCUAGCUCCCAGGUACACAACAUUCAGGAAGAGACGACCAAAUACUGUUUUAUAGCUGUAGAAUACAUGCCCUCCCCUAUAUAGGAACACAGAUCUUUCAGCUAUGCACAGCCCUCUAGUGCCUUAUUGAAGUGCCAUACGUAGUCUUAUUUAUGAACAGGUCUUUAGUGCCAGCCUUUGCCACCUUUUAUUCUCUAGAAUGUCUUUGUCUUAACUGUAGAUUUUGUUAGUUUAUAUAAAUUCUGCAACCGACCUGUAACAAAGAUUAUCUGUGCCACAAGUAAACUUGAUCAAACGCCUCCAAGGCCUGCUUAAUGGAAAUGCAACACUAACACUUCUCGAGGUAGCGGGUUUGAUUACUUUUACGGAUACGUUAUUAAACUUUUUUUUUUUUUUUUAUCAAAUAAAAAGAACAAAGCUUUGUUUGAUUUAUCCAGAA